AUGCCCGUUCUAUUACAAUCAGAUAAUACACUUUACCUGGGAAUCGGUAAUAAAAUUAUUACUGUAAACUUGAACAACGGUGAUAGUGAAUGCCAUGAUUUACCACCAAUUAAUUUGCCUGAAAAUCGUAGUAAAGCUCAAGAAGACCUGUUCCAAGAAGUGCCUAUCAUUACCACAAUAUCUGCAUCAAAGAAUGGUACAUUAUUAGUUGUAUCAACACACAAUAGACAAGUGGUAACAUAUAAUACAAAAAACCUCUUGCCACUUUCAAACUUUAUCAUUACUCGAGCAGCAAGCAAGAUUUGUUUCGACAAUAGUAACAAUGUAAUUGUUGCUGAUAAAACAGGAGAUGCUUAUUUAUAUAAGCAGGAUCAAGAACCUAGUUUAUUACUGGGGCAUUUAAGCAUGUUAUUAGACAUUCAAAUGUCUCCAUGUGGAAAAUUCGUCAUAACUUCCGAUCGUGAUGAGAAGAUACGAGUUUCCCAUUAUCCAAAUUGCUACAACAUAUUAUGCUACUGUCUGGGUCAUCAAGAAUUCGUGACGAAUGUUUCCAUUGUCAAUGAUCAACUGCUAUCUGCAUCCGGAGAUGGAUCUAUUUGCUUGUGGGACUACAAAACUGGUAAUAAAAUCUUACACAUUGAUUCAAACAAAUUGCUUUCUGACAAAAGUGUAGAAACGUUUAAAGAUGUUAUGGAUAAAGAUAAUAUUGAAGUGAAUGCUAUUCCUCUGACUGAUAUGCAAGUUCAUGAGUAUAAAUCAGGGUUUGCUCUGAUUGCAAUUACACUGUUUCAAUGGAACAAUGUUGAAGUUUAUGAAUUUGAUUUUAAGGCACAAACAAUUUCACAUGUGCAAAAAAUAAAUGUUAAGGAUGGUGCAACAAUUGUUGCUAUUUCAUUAGGUGCUCAGCUUAGCAUUUUAACAAAUGAUGAUUUGAUUGUGUAUAAUUAUGUUGAGUCUGAAAACAAGUUUGCUGUGAGUGCAUUGGGGAAUGUGAUUAAGAAAUAUGAAGAUAUUACUGUGAAGUAUCUUACAAAAAGUGAUGUUUCAUUGUUGUAUAAGAGAAAAUUUGAUAAUGUUCAAGAUUAUUUAGAUAGGAAAAAGCAAAGAUUGGAUGGCAAAUAAAUUUAUUCAUAUAUUA